AUUUCUGGGCCCGCUGCACUUGUCACGGAGCGGCUUACAUUGGCGCUUUAGACCUGAUCAAUGGACUGAGUCAGCGGAUGUGAACAUUGAUCUUCUCUGUUCAUGUCUUCUCAUGACUAAUCUCAAUAAAAUUCACAGUCUAUUCCCCGACUGAUACACUGAGUAUGGACAAGGAGAAAAACAAGAUGAUCAAGAGGAUAUUGAAUCUCACCAUUGAGAUCAUCUACCUGCUGACUGGGGAGGAUUACACAGUAGUGAAGAAGACAUCUGGUGAGCAUAAGACAUCCAGUAGCCAUCCCCAUAUGUCAGGAGGACUCGGCACGACCCAGAAUCCCAUCCCGGUGCCUCCACCUCACUCACUGAUACAUGAGAAACACAAUGACCAGAAGAUCCUGGAACUCACCAACAAGAUCAUUCAGCUGCUGACUGGAGAGGUUCCUAUAAGGUGUGAGGAUGUCACUGUCUAUUUCUCCAUGGAGGAGUGGGAGUAUAUAGAGGAACACAGGGGUCUGUACAAGGACGUGAUGAUGGAGAAUCACCGGCCCCUCACAUCACUGGAUGGGGCUAGUAACAGGAAUACCGCAGAGAGAUGUCCCCGUCCUCUGUAUUCCCAGGAUCAUACAGAGGAGAAUCACAGUGUCCCACAGGAGGGUCAGGAUGAAUAUCUAACUGAUAUUAAUGUAGUAAAUAUAAAAGUAGAAGAGGAGACUUAUCUGAUGGAUGAUCAGCAGUGUAAGGAGGAGGAAAUCCCUACAGCUAUCAGCACAGAUCGACUGUUUAGCAGGAAUACUUUGUCGGGUCCUCACGUGUUCUCUCCACAGUGUGGCUUCAGACAAGAUCCUUCAGGAGAAAAUCCCAUUACCCCGCAUAAAUGUGUAAAACUCUACAGUAGGGAUAUAUUUUCUGAUCCCCCGAAUGAUGAGAAAUGUUCUCCUGAUAACUCGGAUAUUGUUACACAUUCUGUCGGUCACGCAGGUGAUAAAAUAUAUCAGUGCUCUGCCUGUGGGAAAUGUUUUACAAAGAAAUCGAAUCUUACAGUACAUCAGAGAAUUCACAGGGGCGAGAAGCCAUUUUCGUGUUCUGAGUGUGGGAAGCGGUUCACACAGAAAAUGCUUCUCCUCAGACAUCACGGAUCCCACACGGGUGAAAAGUCCGUAACGUGUCCCGAAUGUGGGGAUUGCUUCGGCCGGAAAUCGGAAUUUGUUAAACACAGGAGAAUACACAUAGGUAAGAAACCAUUUGUGUGCACUGACUGUCCAAAGUGUUUCUCACAGAAAGCCGAUCUUGUGAGACACAUGCGAAUGCAUAUAGGAGAAAAGCCGUUUCCGUGUUCUCAGUGUGAUAAGUAUUUCACACGGAAAUCAACCCUCGUUGACCAUCAGAGGACUCACACAGGCGAGAAGCCAUUUUUGUGCUCUGACUGUGGGAAAUGUUUUACGCGGAAUUCAUUUCUCAUUGCUCAUAAGAGAACUCACGCAGACGAGAAGCCAUUUUCCUGCUCGGAGUGCAGGAAGCAGUUUACACAGAAAGCAGCUCUUUUUAAACAUCAGAAAGGUCACGCCUGUAAUAAGCCUGUCGCAUGUCCUGAAUGUGGGAUGUGUUUUGCACGGAAGCUGCAACUGGUCAAACACCAGAGAAUUCACACUGGUGAGAAGCCAUUCAGGUGCUCCGAGUGUCCAAAAUGUUUCUCAAAGAAAGUAGAUCUGGGUGCACAUAUGAGAAGUCACACUGGCGAGAAGCCGUUUUCAUGUUCUCAGUGUAACAAAUAUUUUACACGGAAGUCGACCCUUGUUAUACACCAGAGAAUUCACACGGGUGAGAAGCCAUUUGUGUGUACCGAUUGUGGGAGACGUUUUGCACGGAAAUCAUUUCUCAGUAGACAUAAGAGAACUCACACGGGUGAGAGGCCAUUUCCGUGCCCUGAUUGCGGUAAACGCUUUACACAGAAAUCCUCGCUUGUUAAACAUCAGAGAAAUCACACGGGUGAGAAGCCUACUACAUGCGAUGAAUGCGGGAUGUAUUUCGCACAUAAAUCAGAACUUGUUAAACACCAGAGAAGUCACGUGGGUGAGAAGCCGUUUCCAUGUCAUGAGUGUGGGAAAUAUUUUACAAAUAAAGCGGACCUCGUUAGACAUGCGACAAUUCACACAGGCGAGAAGCCGUUCCCUUGUCAUCAGUGCAAUAAGUGUUUCACCCGGAAGUCCACCCUCGUGAAUCAUCAGAAAAUCCACACCCGCGAGAAGCCAUUUUUCUGCUCUAACUGUGGGAAAUGUUUUACACAGCGAUCGCUGCUCAUUAGACAUCAGAUCAUUCACGCUCAUUUAUGAUUUUGAGAAGCGAUUGUUAUUUUUGCAAGCUUUAUAUAGAUCUCUGUUCCAGCCCGUAUUUUAGAUGUAAAAGAUGAAGUCAAUGCCUUCUUUGAUAGUGUUUUGUAGCUUUGUUUCUGUUUUCGCCUCGGGAAAUUGAGAUGUUGCCAUUACAUCCAAUGAGCUUCUAACUAUCAUUUCAUAGGCUGUGUUAGAUAAGUGACACUGAUUGGGUACUGUGGGCAACUUCUGCACUUUAUCUCUCUCUCUCAAAGAUUUGAUACAUCUCCCCCUAAGUAUCUGGCUGUCAUGAGUUUUCUCCUGUAACAGUUUUUGUAUAAAAUAUAUCAAGUCAGUCAUGUUUUCUUUGGAAAUGUACUUUUUAAUGUAUUUUCAGACCUAUACAUUGUAUUGACUCUUGGUUCUGUGUCAUGGAACUCCUAAUAAAUAGGGUGUAAAGUAAAAAA